UCUCCUAGUAAUUGUGCCUGAAUAUCGCAUUCCUUGCUAUUGAUCGCCAACAUCGUACCGGGCAAUCUCAUGUCGAUCUUUGUCCCGCAUGCCAUAAACCCGCACGGUUGGCCAAAACUCCUGGAAUGUUAGCAAUACUUUGAAACACAAUGACUAAAAUGAUACAACUGCCGGACGGGGGUCAGAAUCAGCAAAUACCAGAUGUAACCCACAAGGACAGCUGCAGUGGGGGUGUCCCGUUCACUACGACAAACCCACAAGCGACUUCAACUCCUUCUGCCAAAGUACAGGAGCUACAGCAGGCUACAAAUGAUACCCUAGGUGAUGUGACGGAGAAACCGCACCCCAAAAACCGCCGCACAUCUACUCGUCGUUUUGCGGUCGGAUCGGGUCGCAGCGACGAUGAUCCUUCUACUUCCACAUCCUCAACCACAUGCUCGUCGAUCGCUUCUUUAUCGAUGGUGUGUGAUACCGAAAGCCGUACAUUCAAGAUGCCAUCUGUUAUGGGACCAUCGGAGUCAAGAAUUAUAUGUCGAUUACCGCUGGAUCGGUUGGAAACAAUCUUAAGCUCUUUGGAUAUCGCAAAACGGAGCAAAAAUGGUGCCACAGACAUUUCGCCAGUCGAUACGGUUCUGGAUUUGAAUAAAUCCCUACCAACAGAUGGAAGCACAUUAACAUCAACAGUGACGCAGCUAUCGAAACAAAUUCAGUUAGCACAAGAUGAGUAUGGUCCUUUGUACAAGCUGCUCUGCCUUUACUGCGAACGGACGUUCAGCAACCAGAAGCUUAUGUUUAAGCACACUGAUCGAGUGCAUAAGCUGUCGAAGGACAGACGUAGCAGCUCGCGCGUUGUGUCCACGACUAACAUUGCAGACGUUUCCUUAUGCUGCAAUUUUUGCUACAAAAGUCGCACACUGAAACCAUCGUCGGAUGAUUUACCGCAGCUAUUUAAACAUUUGGUUACGCACCAUUCCGAUCGAUAUUACGCCUGCGAGCAGUGCAUUUUACGGUUUCCCUGCGAGGAAGCUCGCGAAGCACAUAUGGAAGCAAUACAUCCAGCGGCAAAUGGUGCACGACCUAAAUCAAAGGCAGCUCUUAAAGCGUUCAGUCAUAAUCGCAAUAAAACAACCAAUCACCAUAGUCUUACCCUGCCCAGCAGUGCAACAGUUAAAAGUAGCAGAUCUGCUAAGAAAACACUCCACAAUCGCACCACUAAUGAUGAACUCCACGAAAGAGACCAGCCUUCAGAUACGGAAACACCCGCUGGCACUGGUGGCCAGAAUGCACGGUUGCGAUCAUCGCCAAGGAAUACGAUGGCCCCAUUGCAAAGUCGCGGAGAUGGGAAAACCAAAAUGAAGACGAUAGUUUUCAAAAAAUCCGAGCGGUUACUUAUGCGCAAUGCAGAGCCGAUGCUGCUGUCCCGGUUGGGUAUUGCUCAGCAUCGGUUGCCCCGUCAAAGUCGACGUCUGCUGGCAAUCGCUUCUUCCUGUGCCAGGGGUGAUGCACUUUCAUCGUCAUCAUCAUCAUCGUCGUCAUCGUCAUCGUCAUCGUCGUCGUCAUCAUCAUCUACCGCAGGUCGGGCAAGCAGUAGAAAAAAGCAUAUCGCUUUGAGUUUGGACGAGUCCCAGAAGGUAGACAACUGCGUUAUUAAGGUAACGAAACUUAAAAGUAUUCGCUCGUCGCUGAACAAAAUCACCGUAACUUCCACUUCCGAUGGUGGUAGCGGCGGCAUCGAUUCCGGCAAUCAAACAUCCGAUCCCAGCAGCGGUCGCACCAAAAUCAGCGAUUUUGUAUUAACAACGACAACUGGAGUGGCUCCAAGCAGCGGUACUACUUUUCUGCAAGGGCGAAGUGGAAUCGGUUGCAGUUAUACGGCAUCCAACAAUGCCAGUAGCACUACGACUGGUGGCAAUAACAAUUGCAGUAUUAUGAGCAGCACUACUGGGAACACUGGAAUUAGUGUUAAUAGUGUUGGGCUGUUCGACGUAGAUUUCUACGAAAAUGUUACUCGCAAUGUUAACAUAAAUUUAAGUCGCUUUUUGGAUGGAAAGCUGCAGCUUUCUCCGUCGGAUAUGCCGUCCCCCAGCGUUAGUGCAGUUAAUGCAGCGCCGCCGACUGUGCGGUCGAUUGUUGUACGGAGUCCGACGGUGACUGACAGCAAGAUAUACGAGGCGACGGAUUUGCCAGUAGGCGGAGUCAUGUUUCCAACGUUGCUUACGGUCGAGCAGUAUGGUACGGAUGUCGGGCCGGGACUAUCUUCGAUGGCGACGUCGUCGGCAAAGGCGAAGAAACCGAUUACGAAAAACUCCUGGAAGUGGAAGUGGGAUUUCGUAAAGAAAUACAAGUACGUUAAUGAGAAUGGGCGGAUUGUGAAGAAAAUUAAGCAACCAACGCUUGGUUUGCGUGAUCUCUCCAAGCUCGAUAUGUGGACGCAGCUAACGAUGCGAAUGAAGCACGAGGAGGUACGCAAAAGCAUUUCGCAUAACGAACGCGACGAUGCACCAAAAGAAGAGUGUGUUGCAGUAUUACGUCAAAAUAAGCAAGCCAUGGUGGACCAAUUGGAUCAGAUACUUGACGCACGUUUGCUACCUCAAAUUGAUCUGGAGCAAAACGAUCAGCGAAUAAUAAAGGUAGAGCCUACAGACGAACAACCAAGCAUAGACAACGGCAAUGAAUCUUCCAAGUCCCUUAUCCCAUUGCCUAGCGGCAACGAGGAAGAUGUAACAUUGCCCCAUACAGACAUGGAUCUGGGACAGGCAUUUUUGCAAGGGCUUGAACUGAUGAAACUUGUGCAACACAAUAACCUGCUCCCGGUCGUACUGAGUGGCGAAUGGGCCCGCCCACGGUGUUAUAUUUGCUACGGCUGUGGGGACAAGUUUAAUUCGCUGAAGCAAGUAGAAGAACAUCGCAUUUUUCGCCAUCCGCACGUCUACUCAACGUUUUACGAAAUAGUAGGCCGCGAGCUCAUCGAGAAGCGAUUGUACAAGCACUUUUUCAUCCCCUUCUCAGCAUUGGCGGCUCAUCGUUUGCAUUAUUUGCGUUUGGCUGAGCCGGAGUUUGAGCCAGAAGGUUCGGGUCCGUAUAUCGAUGGCACCUACAAGAGCAUGAAUCUUGAAAUUAAGAACGAAGACUCUUCCUCCAAUGAAGCCACUUCCGUUUCCACAACAACAAGCGCUGCAUUAGUUUCAUCUUCACGCUCUUCAAUCUCCAGCAACUCGAUUACGACAUUAGCAACAUUAAUGGAUGCUAGUGCCGACUGUGUCACUUCCCUCACCCAUUAUGCACCUGCUCUCGCAGAGGACGAAGGCGAAAGCAGUACAGUAGUAUGCAGCAAAUGUAAAAAAGAGUGUCAGAAUAUGUUGGUUUUGUAUGCGCACAUGCUACAUUGUUCCAACGAUUACGUUUGGCUGCAAGCGAAAAAACGAAUGAAGUAUCGUCGUGCUAGACGUCGACGAGGCGGUAACCGAAAUACUUCCGGCACAGUCGGUGGGCUGAACUGUGCUGCGUCACUGCUGGCUACUGUGCGUAAAGCACAGCAAAAUCUGCAGACUUCGGUGGAAAAGUCGGAAACGGCAUCUACAACCUCCACGUCGUCUUCGAAAGAUGGCGGGUUAAGUAUUGACCUCAUCAACAGUUCCAACACAAGUACGACAAGCACCAGCAAUGGUAGUAUUGGAAAUACCAGUCAUUCGCCUAGCAAUAAGAAGAAAUCCAAGUCACCAAAGCCAAAGGACACUGACAGUGACAUUGUGAAGCGUCUGUUAGCCAAUCUACCUGCAAAGCGAAACUCCCGGCAAAUAAUAUUGCAAACAGCGAAGCAACUCGGCAAGCGAUCUAAUGUUAAAGGACGGGUACCACUUGUAGCUUCAUCAAAGGCAUCGAAAUGCGUCGGGUUAAAGUCUCGCCACUCUCUCGGUGCAGUGGCCCCGCGAAUAACCAGCCCCAAAGAGACAAAAAAAGUCAACGUCGCUUCACGAUUAUCAACAGCAGCGUCCCUUCCUACUACGAAAGCAGAUAAACAGCCUAUUCGCGAUGGAUCUACUAGUACGACUCUAUCGGAUACCUCUACUGCUGCCUCAUCGAGAAACCUACGAAGUACGUCGGCCGAUCAUAGUCGCUCUCCACAAAGAGAGGAAAAUGGUACUGUAAGUGGUAGCACAAGAAGUAAGUGGACCUCAGCAAAAGUGCAGAAGAAUUCGAUAUCGAAGCAGAAGGAAAAGCGUAGUCAAAAUAGCACACGAGUGAAGAAGAUCGAAGGGGAAAACAAAAAAGUUCUACAAUGGAAAAAAACAAGUCGUCAAUUCCGGCGAAUGUCAACAGGUGGCAAACGAAUUUUACGCAGUGGAUGCUCUCGAGAAAUACCAGUAUCUGGUCGUAAGCCCCAGUUAAGAAAGAAAGCGAUACCCGGGCGAAAAGGGAAGCUAAAAAAAUCAAUUGGUAGUUCGCCGGUAGACUCGAGUUCGAAAUCGGUUGGUAAGGAUGUUGGAACACCCACGACUUCAUACAGCGAUCAAGAGAGGGAAAAUGUUCAAGAAGACAGUCGGCAUGAAGAAUCGACGAACUCCAUUCGAACGGUCGAGUUCGAUAUUGCAAAAGAGAAGGAUAUUGAAAACAAAACUAACGAUACAAAUGAUACACACGUGUCGGAAGAAAAUUCAAGUAAUGUUCAACCAAUAACAGAAACAGCACCUUACAAUGAUCACCUCAGUGAACACCCAGAGAGGGAGUCACUUGUCGAUUGUGGUGAAAUAGUUGAGCAAGAAGAGACCGUUCAUGCUUUAAACAAACAGACCUCUUCUACUGCUAGCAUAGAUGGAAAAGGAAUAGAACAAUUACAGACUGAAAACGAGGGUAUACAAGAAGUAACAGGCAGGUUGGAACAGUUCAAGGCACCACCAAAUCAUGAGUUGGCAAGUGAGCUAGAAAACAAUAAUCCUGAAUCACUCUGCCAAACAGAAGUGCAUUCGCUACUGAUUUCGUCUGAUAAAGUGCAGAACGAUACUGACGUUGACAUGAUCGCCUCUUCGUCAUCUUCGGUGAACAGCUGUCCGUACAAUCGUCCGCUAUUAGACAGUAGCAGUCAAUCACCAGCGAGCAAACGUAAGCCUAAAAAAUUGAACGAUUGUAUAGCAAUGCUAACGGGAAAGCUUUCAGAAAGAUUAGGUGUAGAUUUUUUUAACAGUCAAACGCAGCGAAAAAGUUCCGAUUCCGUAGAACAAACGUCUCAGACAACACCGGAGAAGCCAACAACAACGGCGCCCAUGUCUGGUUCGUUUCAAGUAGAAGAAGCAUCAACUCUAGAGUCACCACAUUCAAAACAUGAGUUUGUCAUGUUACCAUGUAAAAGCCAACUAGAAGUAGUUGCAACCCCUGCUCAGCACUCUUUACACGAAAAACCGCCGGUAUCGAUAAAUCCUAAGAGUUCUGUGCUAUCAACCCCACAGUUCGACGACAUACCUGAUCAAAAAAUGAAAUUAGACAUCCAAAAUCCACAUCAAAUGGCAAACGUUUCUCUGGUGGUAAACCACUUGCGAUCUGGAGGUAAUCUUUCUGAAGGAUGUAUGCCAUCUUUGCUAGAAACGGGUGCAAUACCACCUUCAACCAGCGUAUCCGCACAUGAAAUAGAAGAUCACUUGUCUGAUGAGCCGUUAAAUUUAUCAAAAACCUGCCGCGAGCGUCGAAACACGUACAAUUCGAUUUUGACCCAAAAGGGUUCUCUGCAUCACCAACAACAGCCAUUUCAUCAACAACAGCAACAUCAGCCAUAUCAGCAACAACAGCAUCAAUCUGGCUCCCGUCCUGGUUCGCCUACCCUACAUUCUACAGAAAGUCAUUUGCAGCAACACAACCUUCGCAUGCAACCGGCGGUAUCGCACAGCCAAAAAUAUCUGCCCCCACACAUGGUACCAAGCUUGAUGCAUCAGAAUCCACUUCGGAUAAGCCUUACUGUCGACCAGACAGAAUCAAACACGGGCUCAUCCUGUACAAUAACGCCGAAGCCUGGGAGCGGAAAUUUAUCGUCCAUUAAACUUCCCCCGGGCUUGAUUAUAGAGCGGGUGGAGUAUAAGCAAUCGCGUCCCGUCAUUUCCAAGGAAGCUCCAUCCGUGACAAUCGUAGCACGGCACCGUCAGCUUCCCCAUACCGCCAAUUCUCAUUCAGAAGAGGCUACGGAAAAUCGUAAAUCGACUGCCACCGUAACAAUGCCUUCAGUUGCUGCAGGCUUUUCAUCGCCUCCGUUUGCGCAUUCACUAUCAAUGGCCGAUUCACAACCCCAAAUAUCGAUGCAGCAACACUUUUGUAGCGGUAGAGAGCAUACGAAAAAGGUGUUCGAUGGGAGUAGCAGUAGCACCAGCGGUGCUCAUACUGCCAAUAUCCUACCAAUUACGCCAGACCAAAUGGCAAGCAAUAAUGUACGCGUUCUGCCGGCGACCGAAAAACCAACUCAAACCGUCGUUCCGUUUGUAGAGAAUCGCAUUUCAGUGACUAUCACCGAAGCGAAACCCCCAUCGGACCGUCUACAGGAUGUACGCAUACGUCCGAGGAAUAAUUCUUCCUCAGCGUCCUGCUCUCUACCGCCGGCAAGCCAUUCGCAACCAUUUAAAUCUCAACGAAAUGAUAAAGCACUGCCGCCGACAAGCUUUUCAGCUAAAGCGCAGUCAGCAAGUCCGGCACCAACGGUGCAACUACCUACGCAGCAAGCAGUUGCGAAAGUACCGUCAUUUCGUCACCAACAGCUACCGCAAAAUCUCUCGAGUGUAGGGGUUCCGAAUUCUUCGGAGAAACCUCAUCAUACAACGUUGAUUAUACCACACGUUCCAAUGCCGCACCACGCUCCUCCACCGCAAAUGACAACCAAUGCAACCAAACGAGGUCGCCGGAAAAGCAUUUUUGUAUCAUCCCCCAUAACCGACGGUGGUCUGUCCGUCCCAGAAUCAACAGGCACCUCGUGUCGUGAAGCGAAGAAGAUAACAACUGUGAACAGUACAACCGAUGCAUCGAUCCAAUCGCUACGUUCCAUCCUUGCACCAGCACAAUCGUCCUUUGCACCAACGGCGGACAGUUUAUGUAGGGCUAAUAUGCUGGCUUCUAUGUCGUUUUCAUUGCUACCGCCCGGUUUACUGGGAGGGCCAGCGAGCAUGGGACUGGACUUGCAGCGGCUGGCUGCGGUUGGACUACCCGCUCACUUAAAACCGCCGGUUAUUCCACCCCUGACCGUUCCCGUCUCGACUUCUUCGGCAACGUCUUCCGCCACUUUGUUGGAGAAAAUCCUGCAACCGACCCGCAACGAAGCGCUCACAAAUGCUCUCGAACAAUCUUUAAAAAGUGCCCAAUCUUCUUCACGACCUUCGGAACAACAACUUGUUGCGUCAGAUAAUGUGCCAGUGUCGUUCCUGUGCAAUCAGAACACGGAGAACAUCCAACAUGGGCAACAAAAUAGAGACGUUACAGGGACGAUUCCGUUUGAUCAUGUGCAAGCAACAACAUUACCAUCGCGUACGGUGAAGAUGCCAGAAGAAAAAUCAUCCGGUGGUAGAAGCAAAAAAUCCUCUUCGUCCGGGCGUUCCGCGAAGAGAACUUCGUUUGGUGACAUUGAUCGAAAAACACUGAUGGAACAAAUUUGGAAUGCAUCCAUCGUCGAUGCAAUGAUGGAGAAAGAUGCGAAAUUAGAAGGCUCCCGGUUGAUGCUACAACACACAAUUCCAACGCAGCAGCAUGACAGAUGCAGUGCGUUGACCGGUCCGGAGAAACCGCUUGCACCGCUACAGGCCGUGGACGGUUCAUCCGCGAACAGCGUGGAUUUAUGCGAACCCCGCACCACAGUUUCACCAAUUUUUAGUAAUACCCCAGAAGAGAAGGCAAAUUCUAAUGAAUCACAUUCCCAUCAAUCGAAACAAAAUCUUCACAACGAACUAAAAGAGCACGACGGCAGCAAAAAACAACCAUACGAAGAAGAACGAUUGCAAGAACAGAAUGACCAACCAAGCGCGAAUAAGGUGUUAUCCCAGGAAGAAAAAGUAGACCGGCAGAAGGCUCUUGAACUAUCAGUUCAACUAGAACCAAACGAUCUUACGGUUAUCUCACGGACGCUGGACCAAUCUACACAAGCAGAGGAAAACAAACUCGGGAAAUCCCAAGCAGAAAGGCUAUUCGAAAAAGAAUCUGACAAAAUUUACCCGAAUGAACCAAAGUCCACAGUUGAUAUGGAGAAUAACGUUCAACGAGCUGGGGAGCUGAAUAAUGUGGAGCAAGCAGAACAAACGCCAGAGAAAGACUGUCCAAAAUUGGCUGCAGAUGGAAAUUUGAUGCCAGCAGAUUCGACCGAAACGGCCAAGUGGAACGAGCAUUGCGUACAGGCGGAAAGUAUAACACCGACACCAAAAGUUGUACGAAAGCGUAGGAAAAACGAGCUAGCUUCUAUUUUGUCCGACCAACUGCUCGAAAGCUUCAAAGAAGUGGACAAAUCACGUCUUAGCGAUUUGAAGCUGCUGCACGAUAUAACCUGUGAGACGCCCGACGUCAAGUUCACCUUGGAGCAAAUCCCACAGCUGGCAAAGCGCAAAUCGAAUCCGCCACGAAUACCAGAAUUAGUAUCACAGUUCGCAUCAUCAUCAGAUAAGGUCACAACACUUAGCGUUGGCGGUAAAAAGCUGGGAACUAAUAAACGUAUUCCAAAAGAUGUGGAAGGCAGAGAAAAAGCUGAUGAAACGUGUGAAUUGGCAGUCGCUGAUAAGCAGCGCAUUGCUAGUACUCAGGAGCAGGUCCUAACACUUGCUCGUCCUCCGUCUGAUCAAAGCGAUACGGCACCUUCGGUGAAGGAAAGCGCCACAAAACAACAGCAGUCAACAUCGUUUGUACCGACCCGCAGAACCAGAAAGCUUUCGGUCGAUAUCGAACGACUUCGUCCGGUAGCAUUGGCGAAAAUGGAACGGAUGGCACAGAAAAAUGUUUCACAAAAGAUUGCAGGGCAUUUGGAUGUAGCCUUACCGAAAGCGCAAAAAGAUCCUCCAGUCAGUAGAAGCGCCAAGGGCGGUAAGGUAGCCCAAACGAAGGGAAAAGGUUCCUUCAGUUUAAUGGAGGAUGGGGCGAAACCAGGCACUCAUAUCGAAAUAUCCGACUCCAUAGAAGCAAAUGAUACAAGCAAAGAUGUUGCUGGUUUGGAUCUUAAGACUCUAGCUGUUGAGGUGCCACCGGUGGGAAACAAACAGGCCAAGGAUAACAAACUCUCGAAACAAAAAAACAAAGAACAAACGCCUACAGCAAUAAUGCCAUCAGGCGAUGUAGUAGAUGCGCGGGGAAUACUCGAGCAGAGCAUCAGUGUCCGUGGAUUACCGGAAGCAGUAUCGAAGCUGGGGGACAAAAAGUCGGCACCGACCGUUGCUACUACCAUCAUCAAGCGGGAACGUCGGAAGUCUGUGUUUGUCGAUCGAAACAUGGCCAAAUACGUUGAACGCGAUAAAGAGCACGAAGAUCAACUGCAUUCAGCAAACAACAAGCAGACAAGUAAAGAUGACUUAUCACUUACUUUGCGUCGUGGGAUGCGUAGUCAGGAUAAAUCCGAACCCAUUAAGAUGGACAGCUUUGUAGAGACGUCGAUGAAUCCACGCGACCCGCGCCGUCGAGUUGUACAAAAACGGAUGGAACUAGAGCGUGCAGCGGCAGUAGCGGCUUCAGUUAACAAACCGUGCAAUAGCGAAGAGAAGCUAAAAACAUUGGAGAACUCUACCGACGAUAUGGCACAAAAAGAAAAUAUUCAACAACCCAAAGUGGUGAACACUAAUUCAGCGAGUCCGGCGAAAAGAUCCAGCGUCCCUGCGAGUGCGCAGCCACCACCAACCAAGCUUGAAGAUAGUAAGACCCCCGCAGUGCGUAGAAUCAGUGCACGGAGGGCGUCCGUUUUUGUACGUUCGCCAACACCACCAUCAUCUCUCGUGCAACCAAUUUCGUCGGCUACGGCAGUAACGGCCGAGAAAAACACCGCCGAUGGGCAAAGUGACAAAGGAAAAUCUAAAGAGGACGAGCAUCUGCGUACCAUUGGACACGAAACCAGACGCAUCUAUCGACGGCGGGCCUCUAUCUAUCAGGUUCCGAUCGAGCUGCUCCAGCAGGACGAUGCAGAUGAGUUCGAGCAACGCGAAGCCGAACUAGAAAAGAAGAGAAAGUCCGCGCAGCAGGGCAGCACCACACGUCGGUCAAAAACUCCCGGACCCGGGGAAUGGAAUCGCCGCAGUCAGAUACGCUUGAAUGGUAAGCCCGAGCCAUCGAUUGAAUCGUUAUUGCUGCAAGCAACCAAUUCGUCCGAUAGCUCUAAUGUCCUUAAUGGUCCGAAACGGCGAACAACGAAGAACAGUCAGAUAGCGGAGACGGUUUCAAAGUUGUUCAACAUUCAGGAAGAAAUUAUGCUGAUCGAUAGUAGCCGUCGUAAACCAAAAAAAGUCAACACCGCACCCUUAACAUUAUCAUCGACCCCGGCACAGCCGUCGCUGUCCCAGGUGGCAAACAUGCCGGAAGAAAGUGCAAAUGCCGCAAGUACAUUGCAGGGGUGUGAAAAGUUACUGAGCGCACAACAUCAGCCAGAAGAAUUAACAUUUGUUACGGCUGGACCCGAAGAGGGCAACAUUUCCAACAGUAUGGACAACCAACAACAACAGUCUCCACUGCCAGCAUCGACACCACCGGCAACGCUUCCGUUACCUCCUCCACCUCCACGAAAAUCUAUUUCCUUCUCGAACGACGACGAAGACGAUUCCCCAAAGGUUAUCAACGAGCUGGUGGAAAAUAUUUUGAAAAAUGCACACGAAUCGGACUCCUCCGACGAUUCUGAGGACGACAACAUGUCUCUGGCUUGCUUCGCGGCACAGAAAAAUGGUCCUAAUUUAGACCAGGACGACGGGCUGACGAACAUGUACAUUCCGUUGCGAGCGAUGUCGGUUACAGCAGACGACGAUGACAGCACAACCUACACCGAUGGUAUGGAUGACGAUCUGAUGAGCGUCACGACGGAACUGGCACCAUCAAUCGGCGGCAGCAUGUACGGUGGGCGUGGCGGAAGAAGAAAGCGUCGCCAGUUAGCGCCACGUGGAAGCAAAUUGAAGCGACAACAACAAGCAAAGGCGAAAGCAGCUCAGGCUCAAUCUGAUGACAAGCAUUUAAUAACGUACAACUGUGAACUGUGUAGGAAGGUGUUCAAAAAGCAGGAUGCGUUUAACAAACAUCGUAUGACCCUAACGCAUAUCGCUAAGCUGUCGGAACAGGAGUAUAUAGAAUCGCAGCAGAAACAACAGCAACAGCAGCAACGCGACGAACAUCCAACACGUGACCAAAAGAAUAAUGAACAGGACAAAUUACAUCCACUUUCCAAAGAGCAGCCUGCAGUUGGUAGUAGUAAUUCAUUGUCAAGCGAACCAACCAGUCAAUCAACUGCAGCAUCUUCAUUGUUGUUGACUUAUCCUCGCGAGCUGGAAGGCGCGGAAGAGGAAACAGCAUUACAACAACCGAAAGAUCUAGAUAAAAAUACAUUAAAAGUUCUCAGCCAGGAAGAAAAGCUCUUUUACGAGUGUUGCUCGAUGCUGAAGGAAUCCAAAACAACCGAAGGCGACAAAAUGAGUGUAACUGUGUCGCUUAAAACGAAUGAAAUGGAUGAUGCGCCGGAGUCAGCAAUAUCAAUGCUUAGUGUCCCAGUCCGAGGGGAUGAUAAAUUUGGUGACGUGCGAUACCCACUGCAUUCCGUUCGUCAGCCUCCUUCGUACUUAGGGCGCACUGUGGUUCCGACGAUAGUCGAAUCGUUGGAACCACGGUAUACGCUCCCGACGCAGUCUGCAAAAGAUUCUCCGUGCUAUCCAAAGGAAGAAGGUGUUCCCCCGGAGAAAGCAAAUUUUCAAACAUUUCGCGACGCGUGCCAUAGUGAGGGAGGUAAGGUACAAAACAGGUCAAACGUCGUCGUGGCCGCCGAAGGGUACGGUAAUAUUUCACCUCAAAAUUCGACCAAAUCGUCGUCCACUACCAGCAGCAGCAGCAGUAGCAAUGCGAAAAUAAAAACGAAGGGCGCGUUAAAGGGGUACGAUAACUUCAAAGUGUCGAUACCGAUGACGGGGCUGAUCAUGACGACGAACACUGGUGGAGUCGCGCCGGAAGAUAUCGACGGGAUCGGAGGAAGUAGCAUUGGAUCAAAUUCCAAAGAAUCGCGACUGGACACGCUAGCAGACGUGGCGCUCUGUGGAGAUAUUCCAAUCGAAUUCGGUGUGCUUGGACAGUACGACCGGAAGCUGGAAGCAAGCAGUACACAAAUCGAAUGCACUUCACUCCCGACGGUCCAGCCGAGUUCCGCAUCGAUGGUUAAUUCCAAUGUAAACUCAAACGAAGUGACACAGAACAAAAACGACGACGGGGAGGAUAUGAAAGAAGCUGCUACAUCUUCUAUUUUAGAUCCUGGGGCAAAUGCUCAGUCGCAUGCAGGUGAAAUUGAUAGUUGUAAAUCCGAGGUGGCUGUUUUGGGAACUAAAAACCGUGGCGCAACAUCGUACAGUACCCCAUCAACCGUACGCUCGCGGUCCGGCUCGCGAAAGCGAAGAAAGAUUGAGCCAAAGUCGAAACAAACGGUUGGGAAGGGUGGCGGAACAGGAGUGCAGCUUGCGGCAACAAGACUCGAACCCACCGCUAGCCACCACCACAAAUCGCCGGAUGAUGAUGAUGUGUACGCUUUUCAAGAUUCUCCUAGCGAUGAUGCGCUACCCGGGACGUACACGUCGAAAAAGUCCCACGACCCAGUCUUGUCGAUUGGUAGCGGCAGGGAAGGAGGAGUGCAACAGCAAAACCGGGCACAGAAACGCGAGGCUUCCCCUGCACGACGAGAAGACGAAGAGGAUAGUCAGGUUUCUAGCCUAAGUUUCUCCGAUCGGGACGAUUUUGUGUACGGUACCAACACGAUGAGCGACGAGGAUGAAGAAGAGGAAGAGGAGGAAGGUAAGAGCAGUAGUAACAGCAGCGGACAGACGACGCCGAAAAAGAAAACCAAAGCCGAUGUUCAGAAAAAAAGUUUGAUCAUGGGUCGCAUUUUCAAAAAAGGUGGCAAAAAGGAAAAGACCAAGGAAAGCAUUGAAGCUGUCCUCAGCAAGAAGACUGGUGUCAUGCUACCUUCUUCCUCGGUUGAUACAAAGCAUUCUAUACUGGACCCUUCUGCGGUGGCAUCAUCAAAGGCACCCCCCGUUAAAGACUUUGAUAAGCUGUUCGAUACGCUGAAGAAUGCUACUCCCUCUCAGGAAGAUCGUGUCGAUACGGAUCGUAUGAAGCGGCCAACCUCCGAGAAGCGUCACGGUGAAGUCUUCGAUAAGGAUCCGAAUGUAACAUUCGAAGCUGGCAUGGUGAUGGUGCAGGAGGGUAACAAGUAUUCCGAGCUCAAGGAUACCAAGAAUGAACACGAACAACUAACUAACAGUGCAACCGCUCCGAGUCGGUUGCGCCGGACGGCAACGGUUCGGCAGAAAAAGUUGACCGAAACGUGGGAUUCCGAUGAGUACGAAGAUUUCCAUUCCGACGAUAUCAUGGGACUAAUCGACCGGGUAGAUGACGCUGAAGUAAAUAAUAGCGAUAAACCAGCGGCGAAUAAUAAUGGGCAAGUGGGAGUGGAUAGUGCAGAACCGCGCUCGGUUAGUAUACCGUACUUUCUUGGUCUUUCGCUGAAGUCGCACAUCGAUCGAGCGGAAGGCGGUAAGCAGCAUACUGAUGAAACGCUGGAACAUCAUGGAGACGAAUUGACUGGAAACAAACAGCCACCGUCGACGCUGGAUGUCGUCGUAACGGAUGACACCAUUCGAAAGGUGAUGGAAAGUGUCAUUCUGGAGACUAUGGUAAAGAGCAGCAGUCAAAAGGGCACGCUAGCAUCAUCUGGUAAUCACCGAAAAACGUCCAACAAAUCACAUAAACUUACCAACAACAGGGCCAACAUCAGCCUUGGUGUGUCGGCAUCAUCUGGAAACUAUAGCGCAACAAUCGUUCCAAAGAAAAAGAAAGACAUGCUCCAAAGUGAUGCCGAUGGCACACAAGCGUUGGAAGAACACGUGCUCGAAAGUAGUGUGGUUAUAUCGUCCCAGACGAUAACGACCAAGUUCAAGCAGAAGUUGAAUAUAUCCAAGCGGAGCAGCACCCCUAGUAGCGAAGGAGGAAGUAGUAUGGUUGAGGGUAGUAAUAGUAAAAAUAGCUCCAAAAAACCCAAAACUUCCUCCGUACUAAGUCGUGAUCCGAUGUUGGAGCAGGAUAAUAACAGUGCGCCUGUUACCGUAAACUCGCUCGCUGCCAACAAUAACAACAACAUUCACAAUAAUAAUAACAACCAUAGUAACAAGCACAACACCAAUAAAGUAAAAGCAUCGACAACGUUGUCGAACACAUUCAAACCAAGUCCUACGGCGGUAAAAGGUCGCAUCAUCAAUGAUGGCUCGUGCGUGGUAGGGUCAAAAGUUCCUGCCGGCAGAGGUAGGCCCCCCCUGAGCUCGACAGCAGCCGCUGGUGCAUCUAGUACCACCUCCAGACAAAAAAAGUCAGCACCAAGACGGAUGAAAAACGUAGCCUACGAUCCGGACAGUGACUAUGAGCAUAGUAUCAAAUAUAAAAAGGUGAAACGCAAACUGUUGGAAAGCGAUAUCGAAGCCAACCUGAAGAUUGAGCAACUGCAAUCAUCCCUUAGCCCGGACGUCGGUAGCAUGAUGCUGUCGACCACCACGCGCCGUAAGCGGAACGCUGGAGACAUGCUGUACUACUGGUCCUCCUCGAGUGACGAGGAAGAAGCGGCAAGUGAAGGCGAAGAUGGCUACGAUAGUUGCGAAGCAGUUGGAAAACCCAAAAAGAAGCGUUCCAGUGAUGCUCGGGGAAACAAGAAUACUACGAUGGAAAAACAAACCUCUACCGGCGGAGGGGGUGGCAGAAAACCGCGAUCCAAGGGCCCGAAACCGAGCGCCGGUGAGUUUCUGUUAGCCGAUAGUCUCGAUGGCGGAAAGAGGUCUGAUGCUGGCGUAAGUAGUGAGCACGGUGCAAAGCAACUACCUGAUGUAGAUGGGUCUUGCGUUGUGCCAAGUGAUGGUGGUGGUGGUGGCGGCAAAACGAAACAAAACUCAUCAAAACCCAUCGUGCACCCUAGCAUCUUAGAAAGCUCUGGCGGCACGACACUGGUAGUAACCUCUACGGCCGAUGAGGCGGCGAAUGUAGUCGGGACUUCUGGUAAAAAUGGUCGAGGACGCAAGCAGCAGCAGCACCAGCAGCAAUCAAAUCAAGGUAAACCAACGGCUGGCAAUGAUGCGGUUGUGGAUACGACGAGCAGCAACAGCAACGAAAAUCUCCAGCAACAUGGAUGGAUCGUUGGUGACUCGCAUAAGAAGCUUGUCACACUGCUGGCGCAUGCAAAAGGUAAGCAGGAGCGAAAAACGACAAACCAUCGACGAAAGUGAAGCGUACAAAAAUGUGUUAGAGAAACAAAAAAAUAAAUAGUAAAUACUAUUCUAGGGCGGUGGUAAAAUAUGGACUCGCUUCCUGGGGAAGGAUUGAUUUUUUUUGUUUUGUUUUCAACAUAUUAAUUCUAAUCCAUUAGUCAAGUGUAAUAAAAUUAGUUUAAUUGUAGCCCAUUUAGCAAACAGUGCGCCUUACCGAUAGCGUAGGUUUUGGUUUGAUUUCGAUUUAGAUUUUAUUUUCUGAAGCUGUACAGCAGAUUGUACGGAGUUUUUAAGCUUUAUGUUGUAAUUGUAAUGUCGAACAAUGAGGCGUCCUAAUUAAAGAAAAAAGAAUCGCCAAGAAUAAAACAAAGGGUAAUCUUGUGAUAAAAGCGCAUACUUCUUCACGUAAAAAUAGCAGAAGCCCCCCCCCCCCCCCCCCCCCGCUCCCUCCCCCUGACCAUCCCACACUAAACAGGUGGUGUGACAAACAGGGAUGUGGGGAUAGUAGUAGUAAUGUUGCCAUCUGAAGGUAUCGUUAGAGAAAUGCUAACUGUUAAUCAUGUGUUUUCAACUGAUCAACAUAGGACAUUAUGUACAAGACACUGAUUCAUUACAUACACAUAUAUAUACACACACACACACACACACAAACACAUACAAUCACCGCAGGCUGGAAAAAUGAGUGGAAGUAUAUUCUUAGGCCUCUUCCUGGUCCUUCCAUCGCAAUUCAACUCAUUUUGUACUAAUUGUAAAACGCGGGUUUCACCUUGUUCAGCACAAAAUGAACUGCGAUUAAGUACACAUAUUACAGCAGUAAUACGACAAAAUUGCGGUAGUCUUGUGAUAGACCUUGAUGCGGGAUGAUAGCCAACAGGAAAAUAUAUUAAGAUGAUCUCUUCCGCUGCGUUGAGGAAGUGCAAUUUGAAUCCCUGCUCAACCUAGUCUUGGAAGAUUGCGUUUACACACUUUCCUAGCCUGUUGAACCAUAUGUAUUGCAGUACUUGUCUAAUCAUUCAACAAAUACGGAACGAGGCUAGACACGGUGCAUAAAAGAAUAAGCACCUGAACAAAAAUAAGUAAAUUCGCUUUCAGUUGUAAUUCUAAGAACCAGAAUAGUGUCAUUGUAUAAAGUAACAUUUCAUCGUAUUACAUGACGAUGACAAAAAUAAUCUUGAAAGCUGCACAUCACCGUAAUCGCUGUCUCAAAAAGGCUAGAACCGACACACAAGUAAAGCAACAGACAGUGUUGGCAUUGAAAGAUACGCAAAUUUGUCAUGUAGUAAUAGCAUUUCCGACAAAAAAUAUCUUCAUGUGCGAAUACUUUAGUGUAAGUUAAUGAUGCAAUGAACAAAACUGACUAUUUUUAUUUAUGUUGAUGUAUCAUCCUCAUUUUACAAUCUACUCUACUUUAUACCGAAAUCAAUAAAGUGUUACCGCUCUGU